GCGAUCCUCUAUGAGAAUGAUCUCUGCAGAAUAUCCUGUAAUUCGUAUGAAUACAAGGAGUUUCUCUGAUAAAGUAUCUCCAACUGAGAUUUCAUCUAUUUUAGAGGAAAAAAUUAGGGGUAUUUCUGCAGAUGCGAACUUAACAGAAACAGGACGUGUACUCAGUGUUGGUGAUGGAAUUGCUCGAGUUUAUGGUCUUAAUAAUGUUCAAGUUGAAGAAUUGGUUGAAUUUUCAUCUGGUAUUAAAGGUAUGGCUUUAAAUUUAGAACCUGAUCAAGUGGGUGUUGUAUUAUUUGGGAAUGAUCGUUUGGUAAAAGAGGGAGAAAUUGUCAAACGAACAGGUGAUAUUGUUGAUGUUGCAGUUGGUCCUUCAUUGCUCGGACGUGUUGUUGAUGCUUUGGGCAAUCCAAUUGAUGGUAAAGGACCUCUUAAAGCUACAGAACGUCGACGUGUUCAAAUGAAGGCGCCUGGUAUUCUUCCUCGACAGUCUGUUAGAGAGCCUAUGCAAACAGGUUUGAAAUGUGUUGAUUCUAUGGUUCCUAUAGGACGUGGUCAGCGAGAAUUGAUUAUUGGCAAUCGGCAGACUGGAAAAACGGCUGUUGCUCUUGAUACUAUUCUUAAUCAAAAGCAAUGGAAUAAUGGAAAUGAUGAAUCUAAAAAGUUAUAUUGUGUUUAUGUAGCUGUUGGUCAGAAACGAUCAACUGUUGCACAACUUGUACAGACGUUAGAGGAAAAUGAUGCUUUAAAAUAUUCUAUAGUUGUGGCUGCUACUGCAUCUGAGGCUGCGCCUCUUCAAUAUAUUGCGCCGUUUUCUGGAUGUGCUAUGGGAGAAUGGUUUCGUGAUAAUGGACGCCAUGCCUUAAUUGUAUAUGAUGAUUUGUCAAAACAGGCUGUUGCGUAUCGCCAAAUGUCACUUCUUCUUCGACGUCCUCCUGGAAGAGAAGCUUAUCCUGGAGAUGUUUUUUAUCUUCAUUCUAGACUUUUAGAACGUGCUGCUAAAAUGAAUGAAAAGCAUGGAUCAGGAUCUUUAACUGCUCUCCCUAUUAUUGAGACACAAGGUGGUGAUGUUUCUGCUUAUAUUCCUACAAAUGUUAUUUCUAUUACUGAUGGUCAAAUAUUUUUGGAAUCAGAGUUAUUCUUUAAGGGUAUAAGGCCUGCUAUUAAUGUUGGUCUUUCCGUAUCUCGUGUUGGUUCUUCUGCUCAAAUUAAAGCUAUGAAACAAGUAUCCGGUUCUUUAAAACUCUUUUUGGCUCAAUAUAGAGAGGUUGCUGCAUUUGCUCAGUUUAGUUCUGAUCUUGAUACCUCUACAAAAUUGACUUUGAGUCGUGGUGAACGUUUGGUUGAGCUUUUAAAACAAAAUCAAUAUUCUCCUAUGCCUGUUGAAGAACAGGUGCCAUUGAUAUUUGCUGGUGUAAAUGGUUUACUUGAUAAAUUACCUGUAGAAAAAAUUGGUCCAUUCGAGGAAGCUUUUUUGGCUCAUCUUCGGCAGAAUUUUUCAGGCCUUUUGACAAAAAUUAGAGAAGAAGGUUCCCUUUCAAAAGAAACAAAUGAUGAAAUUCGAACUAUUAUUGAAGAAUUUUUAAAAACAUUUACUUAAGUUUAUGGAUUAAAUAACAUGAAUAUAUUUACUUAUAUCAACUAAA